UAAAAAACACAUUUCCUUGAUUUCUUCUCCCUUCGCGACAACAUUACAUAUUAAGCCAACAUUAUCAGACAGAACACUGAAUGUGGCAAGAACUUCAAAUCUUACAUUUAGAUUUUUGAAAAGGGAUUUUAGCGUUUCUCCAUGCAUCCCUGGUGGGAGGGACUUUAAAACGCAAGGAAAAGACGUAAACAAGGGACGCAAAGGGUGGAAAUUAAGGGAAGUGAUAUUACGCAGCAAGGUGCAGUAAGGUGCAGAAAACAUGUCCUCCUCUCAGAGAAAAGACCUGGGCCGGGCAUUGUGCAUCAUAACCGGGGCCUCAAGGGGCUUUGGUCGGACUGUAGCGAGGGAGUUGUCCCGGUUAGUGAAGCCGGGAUCGGUGCUCAUUCUCACGGCUCGCUCGGAGGAAAACCUGCGGUCUCUGGAGGUCGAGCUGGCCGGGUCAGAGGCAGGUAAAUCCGGCCUUUUGGUGCAGUGUGUACCGGCAGACGUGGCUCAGAUGGAAGGGCUGCAGAGCGUCGUUUCAGCCUCGAGGGCAGCUUUCUCUGAACAGAUAGAUCACGUGAUACUGGUCAACAACGCUGCCUCUCUAGGGGAUGUGUCUCGUUUCACCAGCAGCUUCACAGAUAUGGCCGAGGUUGACUCCUACCUGUCCCUGAAUGUGACUUCCUGUUUGUGUCUGACGGCCCGCCUCCUUCAGGCUCUUCCCCCCCGAUCAGGGCUCUGUCGCUCCGUCAUCAACAUCACCUCGCUGUGCGCCCUGCAGCCUUUUAAAUCCUGGGCGCUUUAUUGCACUGGAAAGGCAGCUCGGGAGAUGAUGUUCAGGGUGCUGGCAGCGGAGGAGCCAGACCUCAGGGUGCUGAGCUACUCCCCAGGCGCUCUGGACACGGAGAUGCAGUUGGUGGCCAGAUCCAGCACAGCUGAUCCAGACCUCAAGAAAACCUUCUCAGACAUGUUCUCUGCGGGCCAGCUGCUGACCUGCGAGGCUUCCUGUGCCAAACUGAUGAAGCUGCUCCUGGAGGACAGCUUCACAUCUGGAGCGCACAUCGAUGUCUUCGACCUGUAGACACAGCACUUACAGCCAAUCAGCAUGGGGCCAGAUUAUUGCCUUGAUUUUAACUGAAACUCUUAAUGUUGACCCACCACUUAUACUGCAGUUAUGAAUAGGAAGGUUAAUAGUUGACUUAUCUGUCAAUCUUAAAUCUCUAUGUUGUAGAUUUCUAUUGUUAAUCUUUCCAAAUGACAGUCUGAAGUAUCACACUCACAUUCAAAACAUUCCAGUUUAGUUUUUACUCAAGUACAAUACCUGAGUAUUUCUACUUUUACUCAAGUACAAUACCUGAGUACUUCUCCCACCUCUGGCCAAGACUAUAGUGUAGUUGUGAUUGAGUGAAACAUCACCCCCCAGUAAAGCAUUUAUUCUUCAGGAGGAAGUGCUGGUGCUUAAAUCCGGUGCUUCAACAAUAUCAAUCUUUAACAGCCAUGUUCUUACUCACUCUUUCUGCCUUAAAUAUGUUCAGGAUGAUAGAAAAGCCAUCUUUACUCUCAGUAUUGGUGUGAAAAUGAAGGGGAAAUAUCAGCUGUGUAGCGUUAUCCCCUUUCAUUCAAUAUCCUCAAGAAUAGACUGUCAAAAAGUACAAAAAGGAGAGUAGAGUAGCAAGACACGCCUACAGAUACUGGUUCAGACGGUUUAUCUUGCUCUGUUUAUGGUGUGGUUCUGUUCUCAGGUGAUGUCUUAAAGCUGAUCCCAGGUCUGUGCCAUAUUCACUGUCACUAUAGUAACUGUUAGGUGCCUUACCUGAUGUCUGUUUUAGUAUGUUAAUAUGAUUCUGUGUUCCUUAUCGUUUAGUAAACUGUGAUUAUUG